AUAGCAAGUAAACCAAGUAGGCGCUAAAACACAUUUGAAAAAGAUCUUAAAGAGAAGUGGUGAUCACAAGUGGUGAUUACAAGCAAAAAAGUGAUAAAGAAAUGAAUCAAUCUGAAUUUCAAGAAGUACACUUGUUAAACCUACCGGAUGAAAUAUUUCUACAUAUAUUUAGUUAUGUUAAUAUUUCAUGGCGUGAAAACGUUGCACAAGUUUGUAAGCGUUUUUAUGAAUUAAUGUGUGUCGUAGAAAGAGACUGCUUUCGAUUGGAACUUUCGUAUUCAAAGAUUUGUGACGAAGAAAUCCGCAGGUCAAUUGUCAACUCUUCUCGUGAAUUUGAAGAUUUAACAAUCGAUUUGCAUGGUAAUAAGUUUAUAGAAAUGAAACAUGUAGAAGACGUGAUAUUAAAAUUCGGGAAAAGAAUAAAAAGGUUUGAAUUAAAGAAUUUUGACUUGUCAGAGUCGGAGCUAAGAAGAAUAUUUGAUUGCAUUCCUAACGUCGAAAAUCUGGUACUGGAUCCUUUUCGCAUUUCUGGCUAUUAUAAAAGUGUAAUAAACUCGAAUAUAGAUAUUUCUGAACCAAACUUAUGCAAACUGAAGAAGCUAACGAUUGAAGAUUGGAGUAUUCCCGACAUGUCGGACAUCUUGCCUAACAUCUUGCCUAACAUCUUGCUUAACGCAAUACCAAAAGAUAGUAUAAAAGAAUUAAUUAUCAGUAUUCCUGUAGAUAUGUCUUGGCAAGAGUUCUUCAAUCAACAAACUAACAUUAAAUUUCUUGAAAUGUCAACAACACAUGAAUAUAAGAACCAAGUUAAGUUCGAUCAUCUCAAACUUGAACAUUUGAAACUUGGUCUGUAUUUUGAUGAGGAAGAUGUCUCUGUCAUUUUGCGGCAGCAGCCGGGACUUCGUUACUUCGAAGCAGACUUUUCAGAAUCAACUGACCAUGAGAUUUUAACAGCGUUAUGCGAUAUGAAUAAUCUCGAAAUAUUGUCCGUCAAUCUUGAUUUGCCUUAUCCUGUCUUUCAAUCUCUUAAAUACCUCACUCAUUUAAAGGAACUUGAAUUAGGAAUCGAUUCAGGUGAAGAGUCUAAUAAUCUCCUUGAGUUGAGCAGAAUGCAUUUAAAUAUUGAAAAAUUAAUACUUUCCUGUGAGGAAAUUCCACCAGGAUUUUUCAUUCAAAUGAUCCAAAACUUCCGGAAACUCAAGCACAUCAAACUUUGGAACCGCUACACAAAUAUCAUUAAUACAAUUUUGGAAAACUUCCCCAAUCUGGAGUCGAUUGCCAUCGAGUUCGAUUAUCGCGAUGGUGAUGUAGACGUUUUAGUCAUCGAUGAGAAUCUAAGACAUGAGAAGCUUGAGGAAAUGAUUAUGAAAGGUUGUAGUGUCAAUGUCGAUAACACAAGAGCGCUUCUCUCACUUCUCAAUGUUUGCCCAAAUGUCGAGCGGAUUAUGUUAACAACGUAUGAUUUUUAUGAUGAAGACAUGCAACAGAUUAUCAAUGAUCAUCCCAAGUUAACUCAUUUGAAAAUUGUAAACGAAAAUUUUAAAACUAAAAUUAUCCUUGAAGAUGAAACAAUUGAUUGUAUCCGCACAGCAGCAAGCAGACUCAAAUUCAUAGAAUUAUAUGGAUUCCUGGUUUCGCCUGAAUCAUCUCUAAAAACACUGUUUAAGGAUGAAUUUAACUAUUUCCGUUGCCAGUUCUACAAAGGUGAGGGGAACGAAUAUACUGAAUGCCAUCCUAUCAUGAAGAAACGAAAUGUUUCCAAAUGGAAUUUUCGUUGGGGAGUAUAAACAAAAUAGUAAUUAAAUUACUUCUUUCCUCAUCUUUGCGGACCAAAGCAGAAGAAUUUUAAGGUGAAUUUACAUAUUUUUCUUUCAUUGUUAAUCUUAAUCUCUUACUUAAAUUUAUUUAUUUAGGUGAUAAGGAGAAUUUUGUAAAAGAUUGAUGAUUGAAAAAAAA